GUCGUCAAGAGGUCGACAGCUCGAGAAUGGAAAUAGGUGAAGUCUGAGCAGACAAAUCAAGCGGCGAGAGGUAGUCUUUUCGAUAGCGAGCCGAUUCGGGGCAGCACUUGAUACUCUCAAGGUUGCAGCGGUGAUACGGAGCUCCUCUGCCAUGCCAUCGUGGUGAGGCGCCGGCCGCGGUUCAACGUCCAAAGUUGCUCGGCGCCUCAAGGCGGACUGGCGUUGAGAUGUUCUCGCGCUCCAAACUGACCAUCGUAGCUAGCCUCUCAACUAUACAACCUCAAGCAAUCAUGACAAGCCAAGCUCACUCACCACCCAGACGUCCAGAGUAUGUAAUCGAACACAUGGAAGAGGACGACCCUGACGCCCCCUCGGUCUUUCCCUCCUGGGCUCUCCUCGAGUAUCGUCACAUGCUCUCCCUCGUCGGCCCCGGUUCAACGGUCCACUUCACCUCCCUCUCCUCCGCUUCGGUCGAGUCGCUUCGCAAGGCGUUGAAAGAGGAUGAGGGAAAGGGAGAGAGGGCCAACUUUGAGCUGCACACUGCCAGCAUCACCACACUGGCCAAGCAACGCGGCAUCGGCAUGGAGCAAAUCUGCCUCCUCGACCCAAGAGCACCCCUCUGCCUACACGCAUCGGACGCGGGCCUUUAUCCACGCCCAUCCUCUGCUUCUUCAUCGUCAGAGGUGGACGGACCUUUCACUCACUUCCUCUUCGGAGGCAUCCUUGGAGACGACCCACCUCGCGAUCGUACUGGUUCACUGCGCGCUCUCGGCUUCCCGAGGCGGCAUUUGGGCGCAGUACAGAUGACCACUGAUACUGCUUUGGGUGUGACGAGGCGCAUCGUGGAGGAUGGUAUGGGCAUGGGGAAUAAGGAGGACGAAGGUGGGGCUGAGAGGGGGAGUGGACCAAAGGGGACCUUGGAGUGGGUGGCUCAGCCUGAGCUCAAGUUUGGCAGAGGGGAGUCGGUCACCAUGCCCUUCCGCUACAUGAGGGAUCCUCACGCCCCUGCCAUAGCUGAACCUCAACCGCUGCUCCCACCUGGGAUGCGCGAGCACAUCAAGGCCGACCUCGACCGGGGUUUCGACUUCUGAGCUCGACGACGCUCGAUGAUGCUGAUAGAGGAUAGGAACAGGUCGAUCUGUGCUGUCAGGAUAUGCUACUAUUGUACAAUGUAUUCGUUGCCUCUGCUCUGCUCUCGUCCUUCGUCUCGCACCUUCACU